ACGUCACUUCCGCUUAGGAGUGGGUACGCCCCAAACUUGUGGCGCGAGUUGGAAAGUGUGCCGCGGAUAUACCAGGGUCGAUAUGCAUAGAGUUCGUAAUAUGAGAAAGCCUCGUAUGCCUCAAACUUCUUGUUUGGCAAGUGAAUCUGAAAACCAGCUGGAUUAUUUGCCUGACAAGCUAAGAGCAAAGCUGCUUCCUUUCCAGAAAGAUGGCAUUGUUUUUGCCCUUAGAAGAGACGGCAGGUGUAUGGUGGCUGAUGAAAUGGGUCUAGGAAAGACAAUUCAGGCAAUUGCAAUUGCUUACUUUUAUAAAGAAGAAUGGCCUGUUUUAAUAGUGGUCCCAUCAUCUCUGAGGUACCCUUGGACAGAAGAAAUAGAAAAAUGGAUUCCAGAGCUAGGUCCAGAAGAAAUCAUUGUUAUUCAAAAUAAAACUGAUGUUGGGAGAAUAGCGACCUGCAAAGUGGCCAUUCUGGGUUAUGGCCUUUUAACUACAGAUGCUGAGAGUUUGAUAGAUGCACUAAAUAAUCAGAACUUCAAAGUGGUUAUAGUGGAUGAAUCACACUACAUGAAGUCCCGAAAUGCAUCCCGCAGCAAGAUUUUAUUACCGUUGGUGCAGAAAGCCAGACGAGCCAUUCUGCUUACAGGAACUCCAGCCCUGGGAAGGCCUGAAGAGCUUUUCAUGCAGAUUGAAGCUCUUUUUCCACAAAGAUUUGGAACAUGGACAGACUAUUCCAAAAGAUACUGUAAUGCACAUAUGAGGUUUUUUGGUAGAAGACCUCAGUGGGAUUGUAGAGGGGCAUCAAACCUUAAUGAACUUCAUCAGCUAUUAAGUGAUAUAAUGAUUAGAAGAUUAAAGAAUGAAGUGUUAACCCAACUGCCCCCUAAAAUCAGACAGCGUAUUCCAUUUGAUCUUCCAGCAGCAGCUGCCAAGGAAUUGAAUUCCAGUUUUGAAGAGUGGGAGAAAUUAAUGAAAACUCUAAAUUCAGGUGCUGCUGAGACUGGAAACCACUUUUCACAAGUCAUGGGGUUGAUUACACGCAUGUUUAAACAAACUGCUAUUGCCAAGGCCGGUGCUGUGAAGGAUUAUAUUAAGGUGAUGCUGCAGAACGAGUCACUAAAAUUUCUGGUUUUUGCUCACCAUUUAAGUAUGCUGCAAGCAUGCACAGAGGCCGCCAUAGAAAACAAGACUCAUUAUAUUAGAAUAGAUGGAAGUGUUCCAUCUUCAGAAAGAAUACAUCUGGUUAAUCAGUUUCAGAAGGAUCCUGAUACUCGAGUAGCUAUCCUGAGCAUUCAGGCUGCUGGUCAGGGUUUAACAUUUACUGCUGCAACUCAUGUUGUAUUUGCUGAGUUGUACUGGGAUCCUGGACAUAUAAAGCAAGCAGAAGACCGCGCUCAUCGAAUUGGACAGUGCAGUUCCGUGAAUAUUCAUUACCUUAUUGCAAAUGGGACUCUAGACACCCUGAUGUGGGGGAUGUUGAAUCGUAAGGCUCAGGUGACAGGGACCACAUUAAAUGGCAGGAAGGAACAACUUCAGGCUGAAAACGGUGAUAAGGAAAAGUGGGAUUUCCUGCAGUUUGCGAAAGCUUGGACUCCGAAUGAAAGUUCUGAAGAGCUCAGGAAUGAAGUUUUGUUCACUCAUUUCGAAAAAGAGAAACAGCAUGAUAUCCGAUCAUUUUUUUUGCCCAAAGUGAAGAAAAGACCGUCAGUGACCUCCUGUGAUGACUCAAGGUCAUUCCCCGAGAGAUAUGCUGAAGAGCGACCGGCUCCUAAAAGAACAGCCGCACGGUCUACCAGUGAAUAUGGAAGUGAUCGCGGACCUGCCGUCAAAAGAUUGAAAUGGGUGGUGGUUGAGGACUCCUGCGGUGGCCAGGGGGCUAAGCCAUUCCAGCCCAGGCAGAUCACAGCGCCCCUCAUGAAAGGUACCCCAGAGGCCAAGGCCCAGCCUGCCACCCCAGCCCUUCCUGGAGAGGGCUGGCAGUGUGGUUUCUGCACCUACAUCAAUAAUCCAGUGUUACCUUAUUGUGAAAUAUGUGAAAAUCCUCAAGGCAGUGCUGAUGGUGUCAGCCAUACCCCAGGUAAAGACAGUCAUGAGGAGGAUGGUUCUCAGAAAGGCACCUCCAAAGAAGUUGGCACUGACCCUCACUGUGACAAAGAAGUCCUUGCCCAGUCAGCACCUGACCCACUGCCUGAGAACAAGGAAGAGCCAGCAGAAAUGGAAGGGAGAGAUGGACACACACCCCAGCCAGGUCCUGAACAGUUGAAGAGUUCAUCAGCCUUGCCAGAAUACAAUAGCUUCAUGUUUUGUGCAAGUAAGAAUACUGACCGCAUUCAUCUGUACACAAAGGAUGGAAAACAGAUGAACUGUAAUUUCAUUCCUUUGGAUAUAAAAUUAGACCUUUGGGAAGAUUUACCAGCAGACUUUCAGCUGAAACAAAAUCGCUCACUGAUUUUGAGGUUUGUUCGAGAAUGGAGUAGUCUAACUGCCAUGAAACAAAGAGUUAUCAGGAAAAGUGGUCAGCUGUUCUGUAGCCCAAUUCUUGCUUUUGAAGAGAUCAUAAAGCAACAAACCAAACCAAACAGUACCAAAAGAUACAUAACCAAAGAAGACGUUGCUGCAGCCUCCGUGGAGAAGGUGAAGAAAGACGGGGGCCAAGUCCGUCUGAUCACAAAGGGAUCUAGGGACCCCUCGGCAAAUUACAACCCAGAUGGUGCCUGCGUCCCACUUCUGAAUCCCUGCACAGCUCCAGCCGAUCUCUCUGUGAAAGCGCCUGCCUCCAACGGCUAUUUGCAAGCUGUGGAUAAGGAAGGGAAUCCACUUUGCAUUAGCUGUCAGCAGCCCACUUGCCAGCCUGAACAAGAGCGUCAAGGGAAUGCCUGGGAUUCACGGUUCUGCUCUCUGAAAUGUCAGGAGGAGUUUUGGAUUCGAUCUGACAAUGGUUACCUUCGAGCCAAGGUGUUUGAAACUGAACACGGUGUGUGUCAGAUAUGUUAUUUGAAUGCACAUGAACUCUUUUUACGUCUGAGAGAUGCCCCUAAAGGUGAGAAGAAGAAUCUUCUGGAUAGUACCUGGACCUCAAAGCUCCCCCUAGAACAGCUAAAUGAAAUGAUAAGAAACCCAGUCGAAGGCCAAUUCUGGCAGGUAGAUCACAUCAAGCCAGUCUACCGCGGUGGAGGGCAGUGCUCCUUGGACAAUCUGCAGACGCUCUGUACCAUUUGCCAUCGAGAGAGAACUGCGAGACAAGCCAAAGAAAGAAACGAGGUGAGAAAACACUCACUGGCUUCAAAGCAUGGAUCUGACAUCACACGGUUUUUGGUAAAGCUGUGAAGUGUACGCGUAUCUGAAUGGAUGGGCAAGAGGUUUCACCUGUGGAGGAAUUUAGCACCGACUGAUUUUCAUCUGAGUCUAUUUUACAAGAGCAAAAAUUUUCAAGAUAAAAAUCAAAGAGCCCACUUCCCUUUUGUAUUAAGCACCUUUGGUGUUAACCUAAUAGCAUUUGAAAGGACUUAGCAGAAACUGAGAUACAAUACUAAAUAUUCCUCCAAUCUUGUUCUGUCUCAGCCAUGUUGUGUCUGAAUUUUCUUCUAAUGUACCCUAAUCACUGUAUCGUGUGUGGAUAUUGUUUUUGAAAAGUAUACUUUCAAAUGCCUGAAAAAUUCUGCUAGGUUAGGAAUCGGUUUAGACUGUUAGAGUUAUAAAUAAAUAGAGCAUUGCAUAACUCCGAAGAGGCUUCAAAAAGUUUGUGGGAAAAUUCCAUUAUCUUUUCAUUCCAGUUUUCCAUAAACUUUUUGAAGCCUCCUCAUAUCAGGGAAUGUCCAGAAUCAUUGUUAUUCAGGAAUUCUGGGUCAAACCAAACCAGCCUGCUUGGUGUGCCAACUGCUUCCAAAAUGGACUUCGGAUACAUGUUGGGGUAGUUGCUUCUUGUGCUUUAUCUUUCAGUCAGCCAUCUUUAUUGAACAGAUGCUUUUGAAAAUCAGCUAAGUGUACCUAUGAUGUUUUGGGAUAAUUUGGGGUUGUAGGUAAUGAAAUUAUGAAAAUGAUUAAAAUCUGAACACUAAGAGUAUGUAAUGCCAUUUAAGUUUCAUUGUAUAGAGUGGUUUUUUGUUUGGGUUUUUAAUGCAUAAAAUAUAGCAAACUUUGUCUUUUGGUUA